AUGGCUGCAAUGGGGAACGACUCCUUCAUUGUUGAGGGAAUGGCUCCACCACAAAGGAUCCUCUUUCCCCCAGAGAAGAUUUGCAUGGACUGGCAGCAACGACAGGGAGCUGGAGCAGGACUCCACAAUCUGGGCAAUAUGUGCUUCCUCAACUCCGUCCUGCAGUGCCUGACGUACACACCCCCUCUGGCCAACUACCUGCUCUCUCGUGAGCACAGCCUGUCAUGUCAUCAGCAAGGCUUCUGCAUGAUGUGUAGAAUGGAAGAUCACGUUAACAAGGUCAUGCAUUCCUCAUACAGUGCCAUCCAUCCUUGGGCUGUCAUCAGUGUUCUCACACGAAUAGGAGAACAUUUCCAGCUUGGCAUGCAGGAAGACGCCCAUGAGUUCUUACGUUAUACUGUCGAUGCCAUGCAGAGAGCUUGUCUGAGUGGAACCAGCGACUUGGACAUCUCUUCUCAAUCAACUACCAUUGUCCAUCAAAUAUUUGGGGGCUUUCUGAGAUCCAGAGUCACAUGCUUGAGCUGCAAAGCAGUUUCCGAUUCCUACGAGACCUUCCUGGAUGUUCCUUUGGAUAUCAAAGCAGCCUCAUCUGUCACCGCAGCUCUGGAGGACUUCGUGAAACCUGAGCAGCUGGAUGGUGAAAACUGCUUUAAAUGUGGCCGGUGCGACAAGAUGGUUGCCGCCUCCAAGAGGUUUACAAUCCAUCGCGCGCCCAAGGUUCUUACGGCGUGUCUGAAAAGGUUUGAAGAUUUCACUGGUGGGAAGAUCAGCAAGGUGUGUAUGCAACUGGAGUGCAAUGUUCUCUUCCUGGAGCAGGAGAUUUCCCAAAGCAGUAUGCUCUUUCACAAGCUGUUCGUGUUGAGUUUUUCGUGUUCCCUUCUGGGGAGAGGAGAGUUGUCAUGGGAAGACAAGCAUGCACUCUGCUCUGACAGAGCUGCUUUGGCCGGGAAGAGUUUCCUGCCACCCAAACCAUUACCUGUUGUGAUGUAUCCCGAGUACUUGGAUCUUCGCCCAUACAUGUCUCAGACAGCUGGAGAGCCGCUCCUCUACUCCUUAUAUGCUGUCCUGGUGCAUAGUGGUGACAGCUGUCAUUCAGGACACUAUUUCUGCUACACAAAGGCCAGCAAUGGACUGUGGUAUGAGAUAGAUGAUACAUCUGUGGAUUGUUGUGACAUCGACACAGUUCUCCAGCAGGAAGCCUAUUUGCUGUUUUAUGUCAGAAACCGCUCCAAGAAAAUGACUGAACCCCAGAGAAAGCUGCAAGAACAGCCCUAA